UAGCUUCGGAUCCAAACCUCGUGCUUCGUUCCCAUACCUUAGCCUCGGAUCCGAACCUCAGUUUUGCUCCUCUGUUCGUUGAAAAUUUCGCAGUAUUUUGAUCACUUUAUCUCUCUCUCUCUCUGAGUUCAAAGAGAAGCUAAUUUCUCUCUCUUGAAUUUUGAAACCCUAAAACUUGAUAGAUUUACUGUAUUGGAGGAUCGGUUUCGAGCUUCAGCAAAGGCUUCUCAUCAUCACUUUUUGCACAGGAUAACUUUUUGAGUGCUAGGAGCUUGGCAGUUAGAGAGAAGAUUAAAUGUAUAAAAAGGGGGUAGUGUCUUUCUGUCCACACCAUUUUUGCUGCUGAAUAUUUGUGGGGUGGAUUAUCUAUGCCUGGCAACGAAGUAGGAGACAGAAUCCACAAUUUCUUUGGCCAAGAGAAUUUGUCCCAGGGCCAACAUCACUCACAGGUCGUUGACGGGACCUGGCCUGGGUUAAAUAACAAUCUUUGGGUUGGAGGCCAGAGACAAAUUGGUGCACCACUUAUUUCCAAUUUGAAGAAUUACAGUGUACAGCAAUCAGCUGAUUCUGAGAGAGGACAUGGUGGUCCGUCUUCAACCCUGCAGCAUGGCUUGAACUUUACACAAUCACCUUUGAAGCCUGAAGUUGCUAGAAGUCACUCUCAAAACCAACAACCAACUUUGAAUGGCUAUAUGCAUGGGCAUCAGACAUUACAGACGAGGCAGAGUGAAUCAAACUUUCUGGGAGUGGAUGCAGAAUAUAAUCGGCAUAAUUUGACAUCAAGAGGUUUACCAGUUCUUGAUUCACAUUUAGGAAAUGGUCCUGAACUUAACAAGAAAAAUUCAGUAAGGAUGGAAUCUACAGAAUCUCCGGUCAAUUAUGAUUUUUUUGGAUCUCAACAGCAAAUGAGUAGCCAAAAUCCAGGCAUGCUGCAAUCGUUACCAAGGCAGCAGCCGGGAAUCAGUGAAAUGCAGCUAUUACAUCAACAAGCUGUUUUCAAGAAAAUGCAAGAAUUUCAGAGGCAGCAACAAUUGCACAAUCCCCAAUUUCAGCAACAAGAAGCAAGGCAACCGAGUUCCAUAGAUCAGAUUUCUUCUGUUGUAAAACAGGGAGCUGCUAGUCACACAUCAGCUCUUAUCAAUGGCAUUCCCAUUCAGGAUGCAUCUAAUUAUUCAUGGCAGCCUGAACAUGUGGCAGCCAAUACAAACUGGUUGCAGCGCAGUGCCUCUCCAGUGAUGCAAGGAUCCUCUAGUGGACUUAUGUUUUCGCCUGAUCAAGGCCAGGCCCGUGUUAUGGGUUUGGUUCCUCAACAAACUGACCAAUCUUUGUAUGGUGUCCCUAUCACUAGCUCGAGAUCUAAUCCAAAUCAUUAUAUCCAAAUGGAGAAGCCCACAGCACAGCAUACUUCUGCUAACAGUAAUUCCUUUCCAGGUAAUCAAUAUGCAACUUUUCUGGAUCAGGGUAGCAUUCAAGAUGGAACUAUGGUUUCUAGGCAGGGCUAUCAAGGAAAAAACACAUAUGGGCCUGAAGCUGGACAGGGUUUUCACGGUGGACUUAAUCUUGAGAGCAUGCAGCAAUUGAAUACCCCGCAAAGAAGUGCACCCAUGCAGGAAUUUCAUGGGAGGCAAGAGUUUGUUGGUCCGUCAGAAACAUCACAGGAGAAAACUGUGAUGGAAUCUGCUGCUUCACAGAGUGCAGCUACCCUAGAUCCAGAGGAAGAGAAGAUUUUGUUUGGCUCGGAUGAAAAUUUGUGGGAUGCCUUCGGCAGGGGCACCAACUUGGGUUCAGGAUGCUCUAAUAUGUUGGAUAGUACUGAUUUCCAUGGUGCAUUUCCUUCUUUGCAAAGUGGGAGUUGGAGUGCUCUAAUGCAGUCUGCUGUUGCAGAAACUUCUACUGAUGAUGUAGGGCUGCAGGAAGGAUGGAGUGGUUUGGGUGUCCGCAAUAGCGAGCCUGCGGCUCAUCAAGCCUCAUUUGUUAAUGAUGGCAGCAAACAGCCAUCAGCUUGGGCUGAUAACAACUCACACACUGUCUCUACACCAAACCCUAGACCUUUUCCCAUGUCUGUUGAUGCUAAUACGAGUGCUAAUUAUUCUAGUCAUUCCGGUGUUCAGCAAUCCGGAUUGAAGACUUCACACGAACGACGUGAGAAGUUGCCUAAUGAUUCUUCUCAGAGAUUCAUUCAGCAGUUUUCAGGGGAAGGAAACAAAUGGUUGGAUCGCGGCCCUCUACCAAAACCAGUUGCUGAAGGUGGUCAAUUUUUUGGAAGUGCUGCUCAUUCUUCAGAUGCAGAAUUAAAUGUGAAGGGCAUUUCACCUUCUUGGACUCAUCAAGAGAGCAUGUCCUCAUAUAGUACCAGUGGCCAAGUGUGCAAUAGACCUAAUGGUUGGAACUUCAUUGAGUCUGUUUCUCCUGGUGGGGGCGCCACUUCAAAAACUCAGGGUAAUGAAAGCUCAUUGCAGCUUAGUCAGAGUAGUGAUCAUACAAGUACCAUGCAUGAGAAAAUGGGCCAUGGUUCUGGUCUAAGGAAGACUAAUUCUGGUUCCAAUGUAACAGAGAAUGCUAUAUUUGCCUCAGGACGUCCACAGGUCAACAGGGAAGAUUCUAAUAUGAAUAAUGCUGCUACAAUAUCAGAUUCAAAUACUGUAAGGGCCAAUCAGAAAAGCGGCCAACAGAUUUCAAAUUCCCAUAAUAUAAAUUUCUGGAAAAAUGUUGGUUCUUCUGUGAAUAUUAGAGGAAGUGAGGUUCCUGGAAAAAGUCAGCAUCAUGAUAAGAGCCCACAAAAUAUUGAAUCAUCAGGAAAUAAGGGCUCAGAUAAUGGGGGAAUGGAACACGAGGAGGAGAAUCCUACUGUAAAAGAAAAGUCAAGUGACAGUUUUCGUUCUAACAUGUCCCAACAUACAUCCACUGCUGGUUUGAGAGAAAAUGUUUGGUUGGAUGCAAGUGAUACACGUAAUUUGCCAGGAGGAAACCAAAAGUCAUCUGGUCAUGUCAGUCGAAAACCUUCUGCAACUCGCAAAUUUCAGUAUCAUCCUAUGGGGGAUGUGGAUAUAGAUUCAGAAUCUUCUUAUGGAAUAAAAAAUGUUGCACAUUUACAUUCCACGCCCCAGCAGGUUUCUCGAGGAUUAAUAGAGCAACCGCAUUUCGGGCAGUCAAAAUAUAUUAAUCAAAUUGCCAAAAAUUCUAUGGAAAGUGAGAAGGGUCACCUGCCUGGUUUUCAAGGCGAUGCAAAAUACUUAGAUGAGGUGCCUUCAAAAAGCAUGCAUCCAGGUUAUGUACCUGUUACAUCUUCUCCGUUUGACAAAUCCGUUGGUAAUUAUGCCCCAAACAAGAAUGCUUCGUCGAGUCAAAAUAUGCUUGAGCUUCUUCAUAAGGUGGAUCAACCAAAGGAACACUGCCCUGCAAUGCAUUUCAGCUCUUCUGAUCGCAAUCAAUCUGAGAUGCCUGAAGCAGAAACCUCUGAUGGUUCUGUUGGUCAUCUUCAGCAAAAUCAGACUUCCUCUUCGCAGGGCUUUGGUUUACAGCUGGCCCCACCAUCUCAACCGUUGUCCAUUCCAGACCAUGCCUUAUCUUCUCAGAUCUCUGCUCAUGCAGUUAGUUCUGGUAGUACAACUUGUGUUGCUUCUGAGAUGGGAAGAAAAGGUCAUACAUGGUUGUCUUCCUCUACCUCCGUCGAAUCGCGACAUCCUUCCUAUUCAACAUCUCAAGGUGAUACUAGGAGUAAUAUUUCUAGUGGAUCAGGACAAAUUGGCAAUAAAGCCUCACAGUAUAAUAUCCAGGGGAAUUAUUCUGCUGGUUUUCCUCAUGUCAGAAGUCAUCUUCAGAACCAGCAAAUGAGUGGUGUUGGUGGACAAGCAACACCAACCCAAUCUGUCAAACUAUCUUUUGAUAGGUUUGUUUCCCAAUCAAAACAGAUAGAUGAUUCGUGUGACAGAACUCAAACUAGUCAAUUGGCGAUGGCAUCAGUGCCGGACAUGUCUAAAGGUGCUGCACACAAUGAACUUACUUCCUCUGCAGAAACAUCUCAGUUGAGUAGUAACAACCAAAACAGUGCAAGAGGUUCAGCCCAACAGUUCCCUGUUCUGGAGGCUAUGCCAGUUUCACAACCUUCUGUUACACCUGGCAUGUCGCAGCAUGGUGCUUUCUCAAAAAUGUUACCAAAUAUGUGGCCCAAUUUUCCAAACCAACAACAUUCAUCAGUUGCCCAGACUCCUCCCAAUUUGUUUAAGCCCCAGCCUCAAUCUACUAAUAAUGUAGAAAAAUCUUCCUCCGGAAAGCUGAAGCGAGAUGAUCAAGUUGCCCAGAGAGUGGAUAGUGGUUCGCCUGGGUUUGCAGGAUAUUCUGUGCAGCCACAAGGUUUUUCUGGGGAUGAGCAGUCAGCCAAAGAGCAGCACAUAUCACCUGAGAACGAUGCAGGCCUAAAGACAGUUGGUGCUUCACAUUUGCAAGGGAAAGAAUCUGUUGUAGACCAUCUUUCUGACACAUCUAUUUCAAAUUCUACAACUAAACAGAGAGAUAUUGAAGCUUUUGGUCGUUCUUUGAAACCAAAUAACCUGUUGCACCAAAAAUACUCAUUGCUGCAUCAAAUGCAGGCCAUGAAAGGUACAGAUGUUGAUCCAGAGAAUAGAAGUGUGAAGAGAUUUAAGGGUUCAGACUGUUCUAUGGAUGCUCAGCAGGAAGCUCAUGUGGGAGGACAGCAGUUACCAUAUGGAUCUAAUAACAUGAUUAGAGAUGCAUCAAUAAAUCAUGGCUCACUUCCACCUGGAGAUUCUAAGGUUCUAAACUUUUCACCACAGAUGGGCAAUAGUCAUCAUGGAGCACACACACCUCCUAAUGAUAUGGUUGCAAUUGAUCGUAAUGAUUCCCAAAGAGUUGCAAACAUUAAUAAUGCUGUUACUGUUAGGGGUGAGCAAUCUCAGAUCAGUCUGCAGAUGGCUCCAUCCUGGUUUGAUCAGUAUGGGGCCUUUAAAAAUGGGCAGAUGUUACAAAUGUAUGAUGCACGGAAAAACGCUACUUUGAAGACUAUGGAACAAUCUAUCAUUGUUGGAAAGCCUUCUGAUAGUUUUCAUGUUGGCCAUUCAAUGCCAGUAAAUACUGUUGCUGAUGCUAGUCACCUUAGUAAAGUCCAGCAAAGUUCUAGCCUCAUGUCACAACCAAGUGACCAUCUUUCUUCCCCUCAGUCAUUACCUCCUGUUAUCGCUGAUCAAAGUUUGGUGCUUGUGAGACCUCAGAAGCGUAAAACUGCCACAUUUGAACUUCUACCUUGGCAUAGAGAAGUGUUGCUGGGUUCUCAAAGGCUUCGAAAUAUCAGCAUGGCAGAAAUGGAAUGGGCCCAAGCAGCAAAUCGGUUGAUGGAGAAGGUUGAAGAUGAAACUGAAUUGACUGAAGAUGGGCCGCCUAGAUCAAAAAGAAGGCUUAUUUUAACCACGCAGCUUAUGCAGCAAGUUUUUCACCCUCCUCCUGGAAAGCUUCUCUCUUCAGAUGCUAGUUCACACUAUGAGAGUGUGACCUACUUUGUUGCCAGAUCAGCAUUGGGAGAUGCAUGCAGUACAAUAUCUUCAUCCAGAACUGAUACUUCUGCGCAUCCUGAUAGUGGGAACCUCCUUUCUGAGAAGCCCAAAACAUCUGAGAGAAUUGGUGAUCAGUACAUCACAAAGGCGAUGGAAGACUUCAUUGAUAGAGCAAAGAAGCUGGAAGAAGAUUUGUCAAGACUGGACAAGGGAGCCUCGAUCUUAGACUUGAGAGUGGAAUGCCAGGAUCUAGAGAAGUUCUCUGUAAUCAAUCGCUUUGCAAAGUUCCAUGGCCGGGGGCAAGCUGACGGGGCUGAGACCUCGUCAUCCUCCGAUACAAAUACUCAGAAAUUCUUCCCCCAGAGAUAUGUUACUGCACUUCCAGUGCCUAGGAAUCUCCCUGACAGGGUACAAUGUCUUUCACUUUGAUCAUUAAUUAAUUGAUUUUUCCCUCUUUCUUGGCCAAUUCUCUCCGCAUCCCUCAUGCUUCUUUUGUCUAUCUUCUUCCAAAUUAUAUACUUGGCACUUGCUCAUAAUUGAACCACACAAAUGGGAAUGUAGGAGAAGAAAGUCUCCUUAAAUGCAGUGGAGACUGUUAGAUUUUCAUCUAGGCCACUGAUGUCAUUCUUCAGAAUUAUAAAUUGGUCUUUGUAUACUUCCUUGGAAGUCUAGAGAGAAACUAGGUGCCCCUGUGAUUUUUUUUUUUUUUCAGUAAAUGGGGAGAACAGGAGCUCUUUCUGUUUUUUCAAAGGUGCUCAUACAUAGCUAAAGUUCCAGGUAAAUUAUGUGUAUUCUCAUCAUUGAUGCCUUGAAUCAUGGGGUUCAAUUUAUGGAUUAAGGGAUUUACGUUUCUUCCUUUUCAUUGAUUUCUCCUUUUGGGGUGGGGGUGGAGAGGGGAGGUGAAUUGAUGGAACGGAAUCUUGAAUUGCAAUUUUACCGCAAGAAUUAGGCUAUUCUUUUCAUGUUAUUAUUUGGCAUUGUUUGUUUGAACUCUUACAAAAGCUUGUAACCUUUUUGGUCGGAAUUUUAGCCUAAAUAGACAAACAUCAAGUAACGAAAUUCAAUUAA